AUGGGGACAUCCACAGUCACUCUUUCACCUGACAUCCAUGUCAUUCAAGUUGGGUCAUGCUUAUCUGAAUCACAAGCUAAUUUCCUUUCUAGACCAGUUUCGAAAGAAGAAAUAAAGAAUGCUAUCUUCUCAAUGGAUGAUAACAAGGCUCCAGGCCCUGAUGGAUAUAGGAAUUAUACCAGGAAGAACAUCUCACCACGAAUCAUGAUGAAUAUUGAUAUUAGAAAAGCUUUUGAUACAAACAAUUGGGACUUUUUGAAAGAAAUGCUUCAAGGGCUGGGGUUUCCUACAGUAAUGAUUAAAUGGAUAAUGGCUUGCAUAUCUUCCCCUAAGUACUCUAUUUCUCUUAGUGAUUUCAGUGAGAUCACUGGUUUGGAAGCUAAUAUGGAUAAAUGUUCUGUAUACUAUGGUAGGGUGAAUGAUUCUGUCAAAGUGGCUAUUCACAGUUUCCUGGGAUUCACCGAAGGCACUAUUCCUUUCAGAUAUCUGGGUGUACCUCUGAACUAUAAAAGGCUUACAAGUGAGGAUUGUAAUCCUCUUAUUGAAAAAAUAUCAAGCCAGUUUCAAAAGUGGUUAAAGCAUAAUAACCUAUCCUAUGCAGGGAGAAUUCAGGGGACUCGUGGUGUUGGAAACAACUUAUCAAAAUCAGGAAUAAAGCUCUGGUUGUUUUGGGAGGAGUAG